CAAAUCUUUAGGUGUUCACUCUGAGUGGAUAACGCGAUGGAGUUUGAAGCAAACGGUACUGAAUUCGAUUCCUAGAGUGAACAUCAAUUCUGAGAUACAGGUACAUCCAGUUAACGAGUCCCAAAUGGGACAAAACGCGCGUUUUGGAUUCUACUGCUAGCCACUAUCCAUCUUUGCUUAUAAAGCUUGUGACCUAAAGAUGCACAUAUGCCAACAAGAUACUGAUCACUUACAGUCCUAAAUAACAACCGGAAGAUACAAGUGAACAACAUCAAGUUAAUAUAAAUGGUCUUUGUCCUUGAUUUAUCGUUCAAUUUGCUAGUAUACAAAUUGUUAAUAAUCUAUUUGUAUAGUUAAUGAGUUAAAUGAUCGAAAAAAAUCAUGAAGACUUUCUUAUAAAAUUAUUAAUAGGGACUAAGAAUUAGGCUUAACAGUUAGGUGUUUUAAUUUGUUGAAUAGUGAUUGAAUGAUGACCUACACAAAUCUGAUUUCAUUUAAUCGUUUAUGAAAUCUAAUCUUGUUUAUUUAUUUCUGUUAAUAAUUUGUAUAUAAAUAUGCAUACUGUUAUAUUAGAUGUAAAAAGUCAACAACAACAACCUCUUCUUCUGGUUAGUGAUUUUGUCUUGAAUAUCAAUUAAUAAUUAGAUCUCUUGAAUAGACAUCAAUCAACCAGAUCGUAUCAUUGUUUUGUUCAUUUAUCGAUUAGCACUUAAUUCAUUCAUUUCAAUCAUCUAAAUACCCAUUCACCGUUCAUCCUAUUAAUCUAAACUUAUUACAUGAUGGAACAACAAAAUAAAUGGUAUUUCAAGUAAACCGUGUUCUGGAGAACUAACGUCCUCAAUGAAUAAUUCUUGUUCAAAUGAAGAUCGUAAUCAUGUGUUUCAAUCGUUUUCACCAUCUGUUAUUACAACUACUAAUUCUACUCCAAGCAAUUACCCACCCAAUAAUAAUUCUAUGAUUUCAUCUAUUCUAAAUAAUGGUAAUAUUCAUUUAAAUCAAAUUAAAUGCAAUGAUAAAAGUACCUGUACAGAAGGUGUCAAUAUGUCUAGUUUAUCCUACUCAUCAAGUCUUGCUAAUCCGAAAUUAAGUAUCAAUAAUAAUAAUGAUAAUAAUAAUAAAAGUCUGUUUAUUGCACACGAAACGUCAUCGUACUCUAUGACUAACCCUCAACCAUUAUUAAAAGUAUCGACUAAUUCACCUCGACAAGUUCUGUCUGAAAUCAAGGAAGGAUUGUUCAAAACGAAAUUAAUUGAUGAAAAAUUUAGAAUGAAUUCAUAUUGUAAUGAUCAACUUAUUACAUCAUCUAAUAAUCUGUUAUCGUCGGAUUCAGUUUAUUUACCUUUAUCAAAUACCACCAAUAACAUAGAAGAAACAUUCGAAACAGAAUAUAAGGCGAAAAGUCAUUCUAAUGCAGUUCAUUGCACGAUAAGUGAUGUCAACAACUGGAAAAGUAUUGAUAAGAAGUCAUUGAAAUUAUCACCUAGUGAUAGCUUAAUAUCUUCUGGGAAUUUCAUUCCUUUACACCAAUCAAUGUGUCUUCAAUCACCAAAAUUGUCACAUUCAUUGAAAAAUUCUUUACAUAGCAUAAAUUCUAAUGAAAACAUAAAAUUUGAAACAUUAGGUUUUAUAAAUGGUGUACACUUAAUUCAUGAUGGUGAAGAAAACGAAGAAGGUGAUAAUAAUGAUGAUAUCAAUGAAGAGGAAGAUGAUGUCAUAACAGAAACAACAGUUCAAAGUAGUAGAUUCACUGAACACAUAGAUAAACCAAACAAUGAUGAACAAUUCAAAGAGGAUAAUAUUAUUACCCUUGAUAAUAAUAAUAACAACAAUAAUAACAGUAAUAAUAAUGAUAAUAAUGUCGAUAAUAAUGAUAAUAGUAAUAAUAAUAUUGAUGAAAAAGAUAUAUUAGUUAAAGGAGUCUUGGAUGAUAUGGAUUUAACUUGUCUAAUUAAUUUAAAGCAUAAAAUUAGCACACAAUCUAUAAAAGUUCAUAAUUCAGUUACAAAAGAUCAAGAAAAUGAAAUUUUUGAUAAUAACAUUAAACAACAGUCGGCACAAUCGGCUGAAGUGAAUGAAGAUUCGAAAUUAGCCGUUAACACUGACGUUAAUGAUGAUAAUCAUGUAGAAUCGAAUUCAGUAGCAGCCACUGAUCGUUAUAACGUAACAACUACUGUGUUAGAUAAUCCAUUGAUUAAUCCAGUUAACAAAUUUAGUCACAAUUCUAACCCAAUAACAUUAUCUUCAACAUCUUCCAUGACAACAUCAUUAUCUAAUUACUGUCCAACAUGUGGUAAUCAAACUAAACUAUUACAAGAUCAUGUUAUAUUUUUACAAAAACAAUUACAAACUCAAUGUAAAUCCAAUGAAGCUGAAUCUAAACUGAAUCAAUUACAUUCGAAUUCUAUUCAAUUUUUACUAAAAGAAGUUGAAGAAUUAAAAGCUUGGAAAGAAUCCAUUUCACUUAAAUUGACAAAUUCUACUUAUAAAUCUAUUGAAUUUUCUUCUAAUUAUACUCAAACUGAUAUACAAGAUAAUUAUCAUGAUCAAAGACAAGAACUAAUAAUGGAGCAUACAUUGAAUAAUGUAUAUCUAUUGAAUACAAAGAACAGUGACGAUAGUAAUAAUUUAAAUUGUGUUCAAUUAUCUAAUAAUAUGAUUGAACAUAUGGAAAAUGAUAAUGAAUUGAAGAAUAAUUCAAACAGUCAUUUAUCAAAAAUUAUUGUUCAAUUUAAUGGUACCAAAGAAGAACAAAAUGAGAAAUUUUCUUAUGAAUUGAGCAAAUUUAAUGAAUAUGAAGAAGAUAAAACGUUAUCUUCAUUUGCUAAAAUGUCCAAUACAGAACUUUCUAAAAUAUCAGAACAACAUCAUACUUUACAUUAUGAUAAUAGAAAUUUUGAUAAGAAUGAGAAUAAUAAUGGAAUAGUAUUAAUGAAUAAUAUAUUACAACGGUCGUCCUAUGGUAAUACUUCAAAAAUAUUAGGAACUCAUCGAGACAUUGAAUCGAAUACUACUGUCACUGAUUCUUAUGAUCUUGAAGAUUUUUCAGAUUUGGAACUUGUACGACAAGCUGCUUUACAGGCUAUGAAUUUAGACUCAACAUCAAUUGAUGCAAGUCUUCAUAGUAAUUCAUCUCUGUCAAUUGUAACAUCUUCAAUUUCAUAA